GGGAGGGGUGAGGAUGGAGGGAGCCCGGGCCGGGAGGCGGUGCGGGCCGGGCCCGGCAGCCUGGGCUGCGCUGGGCGGAAGCGGGGAUGCCUGUGGGGACGGCGCUUUUCCCUCUGCCCCGCCCCCUGGGACCACCUCCCCUCCCCCCUGCUGUCGGCCGGCCGCGGUGGGGCCGGCGGCCGUUAGUUCGGCUUCCCGAGGCCGCUCCUUCAGGCCUCCUUCUCCGGGGCGGCGGAGAGGCCGUGUCCCCGCCGCUCCCGCAGGCCCCAUCUCCCCUGCUUGCCGGGAAGAGACCGGCUGGGAUUUCGGAGCUUUCCCGCCAAAGCAGGCUCUUCUUUCAGGGGCAGGCUGUUUUCCCCGGGAAGCUCGGCUUUCCGUCACACCUGCCUCACCCCCCGCCUUCCUUGAGACCCGAACGCCCUUUCUCAGCUACUUCUGCGUCUCCCGUAAACAUUUCUCCAACUCGUUCACUCUGUGGUGUCUCCCCGAGCUGUGAUAUUGUAGUGCCACCACCAGCAAGAAACGUCCGGACCCUCCUGCCGGGUUAUGAAAAUCCCCUUACCGGCCACAGUUUGCUUACCUGGCUCAUCGCCGCCUGGACUUUGUAUCUUUGUUAAAGUCAGUGAUGUGAAAAGACCUGACAUGGAUGAUAUUGCUGAUAGGAUGAGGAUGGAUGCUGGAGAAGUAACUUUAGUGAACCACAACUCCAUAUUCAAAACCCAUCUCCUGUCACAAACAGAUUUCCCAGAGGACCAGCUUUCACUGUCUGACCAUCAGAUUUUACCUGACAGGCAAGGAAAUUUGGACCGAUCUUAUACAUGUUCUACAAGAAGUGCAGCUUAUAAUCCAAAUUAUUAUUCAGGAUUCUUUGUCAGCAAGAUGAGAUCUCCUCCCCUAAAAAGACACAACCCUUCCUCAGACAGUUUUCUUGGCUCAGGAGACUUAAGAACCUUUGGCCAGAGUGCAAAUGGCCAAUGGAGAAAUUCCACCCCAGCAUCAGGUUCAACUUUACAAAAAUCAAGAAACAGCCGAAGUCUUUACCUCGAAACCCGAAAGACCUCAAGUGUAUUAUCAAACACUUUUAUGGGAAAGUCAAACCAUCACUGCCAUGUGUCUGCAUAUGAAAAAUCUUUUCCUAUUAAGCCUGUUCCAAGUCCAUCUUGGAGUGGUUCAUGUCGUCGAAACCUUUUGAGCCCCAAGAAAACUCAGAGGCGACAUGUUAGUACAGUGGAAGAGACAGUUCAAGAAGAAGAAAGAGAGAUUUACAGACAGCUGCUACAGAUGGUCACAGGGAAACAGUUUUCUGUAGCCAAACCCACCACCCAUUUUCCUUUACAUCUGUCUCGAUGUCUUAGUUCCAGUAAGAAUACUUUGAAAGACUCACUGUUUAAAAAUGGAAACUCUUGUGCAGCUCAGAUCAUUGGCUCAGAUACUUCAUCAUCUGGAUCUGCCAGCAUUUUAACAACCCAGGAACCACUGUCCCACAGUGUGUAUUCCUUAUCAUCUUAUACCCCAGAUGUUGUUGCAUUUGGACCCAAAGAUUCUGAUUCUCUCCAUCAACCCCAACAUCACCACUCUCUUCCACAUCAGCCGGAUAAUUUACCAGCUUCAAAUACACAAUCCGAAGGAUCAGACUCUGUGAUUUUACUCAAAGUGAAAGAUUCCCAGACUCCAACUCCCAGUCCUACUUUUUUCCAGGCAGAACUGUGGAUCAAAGAAUUAACUAGUGUUUAUGAUUCUCGAGCACGGGAAAGAUGGCGCCAGAUUGAAGAGCAGAAAGCACUGGCAUUACAGCUUCAAAACCAGAGAUUGCAGGAACAGGAGCAUUCAGUACAUGAUUCAGUAGAACUGCAUCUUCGUGUACCUCUUGAAAAGGAGAUUCCUGUCACAAUCGCUCAAGAAACAGAAAAAAAAGGUCGUAAAUUAACGGAUAGUGAAGAUGAGUUUCCUGAAAUCACAGAGGAAAUGGAGAAAGAAAUAAAGAAUGUAUUUCGUAAUGGGAACCAGGAUGAAGUUCUGAGUGAAGCAUUCCGCUUGACCAUUACACGCAAAGAUAUUCAAACUCUAAACCAUCUGAACUGGCUCAAUGAUGAGAUCAUCAAUUUCUACAUGAAUAUGCUGAUGGAGCGUAGUAAAGAGAAGGGAUUGCCAAGUGUGCAUGCAUUUAAUACCUUUUUUUUCACUAAGUUAAAAACGGCUGGUUAUCAGGCAGUGAAACGUUGGACAAAGAAAGUGGAUGUAUUUUCUGUUGACAUUCUUUUGGUGCCCAUUCACCUGGGAGUGCACUGGUGUCUUGCAGUUGUGGACUUUAGAAAGAAGAAUAUUACCUAUUACGACUCUAUGGGUGGGAUAAACAAUGAAGCCUGCAGGAUCCUCUUGCAAUACUUAAAGCAAGAAAGCAUUGACAAGAAAAGGAAAGAGUUUGACACCAAUGGCUGGCAGCUCUUCAGCAAGAAAAGCCAGGAAAUUCCACAGCAGAUGAAUGGGAGUGACUGUGGCAUGUUUGCCUGCAAAUAUGCUGACUGUAUUACCAAAGACAGACCAAUCAACUUCACACAGCAACACAUGCCAUACUUCCGGAAGCGGAUGGUCUGGGAGAUCCUCCACCGAAAGCUCUUGUGAAGACUGUCUCCGUUAGCAGACAUUGACCUUGUGGGGGACCAGCUCUUUGUUGUCUACAGCCAGAGACCUUGGAAACAGCUGCUCCCAACCCUCUGUUCUUGUAAAGCCCUUGAUUCUGGACCAGGCCCUGGCGAGAUGCAUUCACAAGCACAUCUGCCUUUCCUUUUGUAUCUCAGAUACUAUUUUUGCAAAGAAACUUUGGUGCUGUGAAAGGGGUGAGGGACAUCCCUAAGCUGAAGAGAAAGACUGCUUUUCACUUCUUCA